UCCAGUGGUCGACCAUCAACGCCGCCCUAGCUCAUCACAGUUUCUGCAAAUACCGGUUAAAGCUCAGCUCAUUGGUCUCCCCGCCUGCUCCACCGGAAAUUUUGGAACAUUUAUCGACGUCGCCUCGCCUGUAAUUCACCUUACUUUAUGGCAAAAUCGAAAGAGAAGAAAAAAUUAUCACUAAAAGAAGAAAAGGUACAGCUCGAAGAAGAAGAAGAAGAAGAAGACCAGAACCCUGCUACAAAAUCGAGAAAGAAAAUGAAGAAAAAGAAAAGGGAGCAAAUUAAUGUGAAAGUCGAGACUGUUGCUGAAAAGAAAGAUAAAAUCUCCCCAAUAAUCGGCUACUUCCCUUCCGGUUAUGACCCGUUGAAGAACCACAGCGAACCAGAGGCAAGUGUCAAGGUUUAUAGGAAUGUGAAGAAGAGUAAUCGGCUGCAAAUGGUGGUGAGCCCCCAUGGAUCCCAGGUGGAUUUUGUUGGGACUAAUUAUUCCGGUGAAGCCACAGCACCACAGCUGUGCAAGUAUGCCCUUGGUGUACUGGAUAAAGAUACCCAGACGUUGAGAAUUGUUCCUAUUGAGUCGAAUAAGAUAUUUAGAUUGGCUCCGAAAAUUGGAGCAGCAGACCAAACUGAAAAAGAAAUCCUGGAUGAAGCUAAUGAGGAAGAUGCUACGGAGAAAAAGGCUAAUGAAUUAAAAAAAUUGACCCUUAUGUAUUCAACGAAGAAGAACAUUAGACAGGAUGUGAAACGUGAUGCUUUGCGUCAAACAGGAGAUCCAGGAGUUCAUCAGGAUUUGGACUUGAAAUUACAAGAAGUCGAGACAAUCAAAGAGGCACUUCAAGCUGCUACUUCUACAGAUAAUUCUCUCAAUAUCCCACCCUAUAAUUUGUUCGCCACUUCACCAGAUAUGGCAUAUCCACUGGACAAGAUUAUUUUAAAAGGGGAGUGGGAUUACCUUCUUGACAUUUUUGAGAUUUCGUGCACUGGGGGAGAAGUGGCACCGAGCAUCUACCCGAGAUUUGUCCGCAACAGAGUUCAUAAACUAGAAGAUAUUGAGGAUGAUGCAAAAAAGAGGAAAUUGGCUGGCAUAUUUUCAUAUAUCACUCAUCUCAUCAAGUUCAAGGAUAAACAUUCCAUGGAUGGCGUUUUAUCUGCAAAGCACCAUAAAUUCCCAAGUAUCUUUUCCCAGAAAUUUUCUUCACUGUUUGCUACUUCAAAUGAUUCAAGAAUUCCAGAUGAGAAAAAGAAGCUGCUCAUAAGUUAUGUGUUGGUGCUCACUAUGUUUGUAGACGAAUUCAAAUCGGACCCAUCUGAUAUAGCUGAGGAUCUUAGAAUGACACCUGUUGCACUAAGACCCCAUUAUGAAUACUUGGGUUGCAAGUUCAGGCGUGAGAAUCAAGUUUUGGUGGCUACGCUUCCAGUCCCGCUGGAAUUUCAAACUAUUAAAAGGAAGAGAAGAAAGUAGAUCUUCAGCAACAACUCUGCCUCGAUCACAACUUGUUUGAGAAAUUAUUUUCCGUUUCGUCUGAAUUUUGUUUUGGAGCAAGGAUGAUGUUAAGGGAUACUUUGAAAAUAAUUUGAUGGAGGAGAGGAAAGCCUAUAAAAUUAAUUGAUAUUAAUAUCAGUUAGAUCCUGGAUUACCAUCCAGCCAUUGUAUUAGUCCAUUUGCCAAUUGAUCUUUUGUUAUAGCCCCAAGCAAAGAACAUAUUUCCUUGAUGCUUUGUUUUGUGGUUAACCAGUAAUCUAGUAUUAAAUCUGGUAGCUCUAAUUAUUGAGCUGACAGGUGUUAAGACUCUGUUAUUUGUUUUUAUUGGACCUUAUCACAUACAAUUAUUAUUC